AUGUACGAAGUUCCCCCGAGACCUCCACGAAUUACCAUCACGUGGAAGAGCUCUUCGACAAACCUUGUGCUUCGUCGUACAUUUCUCGCCUUCUGUACCACUUUACACCUCAUCCCUGAUCAUACCAUGAUUAGAAACACGUUUUCUAGCGUGUCUAGCUCCAGCUCCAGGACCGGCAUCAGCGGAGGAGCCAAAAGUCCGGAACCUUCCGACUCAGCAUCUCAGCCGAGCUGCCUAGAGAAUCCUGGAUCACAGGCAGAUACAGAGGGUAUUGAUAUAUUUAUGGCAGAAGGUACUAGCCCCGAAAUAUUCUCCUUCUAUGUCAUCUUUCUGACCCUCAUUGGCAUAGAGCCCUCAAAUGCCUCCGAACCGACCGAAGACGAACCUAGAGAGGAGUCUGCAUUACUCAUUGCGAAGUCUCUCAUCCAUCACGAGACAAUUGAUUUGGGGCCGAAACAAAUUCUAGAACGUGACAAGACUUCCCAUCGGGCUACCCUCAAAUUUGCGGAGAAGAUAACUGAUAAAGAUCCCGCUCUGAGCGAUUAUUGGACCGACAAAGACGAGCUCGCGAGACGACGUCCUCUCACAGCAAUACGGGAUACAAUCGGUGACGACAAGAAAGAGUAUGCUGAGGAGGCAUUCAAUAUGGUUAGCAUCUAUGCCAACUCUACGCAUGCCAUUAUAGCAGCACCUUCCGGUUCCGAUCACAGUGGAUUCCUGGACAUGGAGGUGGGGGUGCCGCUGCUGUUAGAUACCUCGAAUGGACCUGGUCCAGAGGCUUGUCUCUAUACGCUGCUCCGUAAAAUCACUGGCUUCUUUGACUAUCCACCAACUCCCAGUGAUCUGAUAGGUGGCAGAUAA